AUGCCCUUCCGGAACGCCGUGUCCGGAAACCUCCUCAUGUCCGCAUACGCUUCCCUGGGGCGCCAUAAGGACUCGCUCGCGCUGCUCAGGGUGGUCGACUUUGGCCUGAACGAGAGCUAUGACAUGGGGAGGCAGUGCCAUGGGUAUGCUGUUAAGGCUGGGCUGGCGGAGCAACGCUAUGUUUUCAACGCAGUUCUAUAUAUGUACUGUCAGUGUGCUCACAUGGAGGAUGCGGCGAAGGUAUUUGAGAAUGUGUCUGGUUUUGAUGCAUUCGCAUUCAACUCAAUGAUAAAUGGGUUUCUUGAUCGGGGGCUACUGGAUGGUUCAUUUGGGAUUGUGCAUGCCCAGGCUUUGAAGAAGAGGCUACAAUUAAAUGUGUAUGUGGGGAGUGCACUUGUUGAUAUGUACGGGAAAUGUGACCAUGCUCAUGAUGCUAAUCGUGCAUUCGAGGUUCUGCCAGAAAAGAAUGUUGUUUCUUGGACAGCUGUUAUGACUGCUUACAACCAAAAUGAGUUGUAUGAAGAUGCAUUGCAAUUGUUCUUGGACAUGGAAAUGGAAGGAGUUCAACCCAAUGAGUUCACUUAUGUUGUGGCUCUCAACAGCUGUGCUGGCCUUGCAGCCUUGAGAACUGGUAACGCCCUUGGUGCCUGUGCUAUGAAAUCUGGGCAUUGGGACCAUCUGCUAGUCGGUAAUGGCCUCAUGAACAUGUACUCAAAGAGUGGCAGCAUUGAGGAUGCGCAAAGAGUCUUCGUUUCCAUGCCACUUCGUGAUGUUGUCUCUUGGAAUUUGAUGAUCACAGGCUAUGCGCAUCAUGGCCUUGCAAGGGAAGCGAUGGAAGCAUUUCACAGUAUGCUAUCAGCAGCAGUGGUCCCGUCUUAUGUCACCUUUGUUGGAGUAUUGUCAGCUUGUGCUCAGUUGGGUCUUGUUGAUGAAGCAUUCUACUACUUGAAUACUAUGAUGAAGGAAGUUGGAAUUACACCUGGGAAGGAACAUUAUACUUGUAUGGUUGGUUUGUUAUGCAGAGUUGGACGGCUAGAUGAGGCUGAGAGGUUCAUAGUGAAUAACUGCAUUGGCACAGAUGUUGUUGCAUGGCGAUCACCGCUAAGUUCUUGUCAGGUAUAUAAAAAUUAUGGUAUUGGUCAUCGAGUAGCUAAACAGAUUCUUCAGUUGGAGCCCAAUGAUAUUGGAACCUAUGUUUUACUCUCUAACAUGUGUGCAAAAGCCAACCGAUGGGAUGGCGUUGUGAAGGUUCGUAAGCAUAUGAGGGAGAGGGGCGUUAGGAAGCCACCUGGUGUUAGUUGGAUUCAUGUGGGAAGUGAUGUUCAUGUUUUCACAUCGGAGGAGAAGGUACAUCCGCAGAUGGACAAAUCACUGAAAAACUUGAAGAGCUGA